AUGGCAUUCAACAACGCUAGCAAAGACAGCAGCAGCGAUCACUAUCGAGAGGAUGAAGACGCCGAUGCAAUUCUAGCGUCUCUGGAGGAAGAAGAUUCCGCAACCUAUCGUGCUCAAAGACUGCAAGAAUUGAAGAAUGCGGCGGGUGUAUCUGCCGCGACGACCACCUUUGCCACAAUCAAGAAGGUCUACAUCACGCUGAAGAGUGAUGACGAGGCUCUCACGUUCACGACUGAGCACGAGAGGGCAGUGCUCCAUUUCUUCCAUCCUGACUUCGCGAGAUGCAGUACAAUGGACACUCAUUGCGAGCUGAUUGCGGAAAAGCAUGCAGAAUACAGCAGUGCGGAUGUUUCCUUCGCCAGAAUUGAUGUCAAAGACGCGCCAUUUGUGGUUGAGAAGCUGGGGGUGAGAGUGCUGCCUUGUGUGAUUGGUUUCGUAAAAGGGGCGGUCAAAGGUAGAGUCACCGGGUUUGAGGGGCUGUGCUGGGAUGGUAAAGAGGGCAGUAUGGAUGUCACUAGAGCUCUCGAGGACGUACUUGUGGAAUGGACAGUGUUACCCAAGAGGCUCUUCCAUGGACACGAGGAUGAGAGAAGCGACGAUGACGAGGAAGCACCAGAUCGUCGGAAAGCAAUUCGUGGAGCUAUCCGCAGUCGCAGACAGAAGAACGAUGAUGAUGACGACGAUUGGGAUUGA